AUGGCAGUGAACAUAUUAGAUUAUGAUCAUUACUGCAUUAGUGCAAUUGUAACUGUUAGCAUGCAAAUUCUAUUUUUUCUAAUUAAUUCCAUUCUGCAUAUGGAUAAACUUACCGAUUUUGCUGGAGGUGUUAAUUUUAUUAUCAUAUCAUUGCUGACAUUCUUUCUCGGACAAAUAGAUCGACCAUCUAAGGCCUACGACAGUCGACAAUUGAUGGUGACUCUGUUCGUUUGCCUUUGGGGCAUACGGCUGUCAGGAUAUUUGCUGUAUCGUAUAGUAAAGCUCGGAAGAGAUAAGCAAUUCGAUGACACGCGUCGAAACAUUAUUAGAUACGCCGUCUUCUGGACAUUCCAGGCUUGUUGGGUGUACAUUGUAUCUUUACCAGUGAUUAUUAUAAACUCACCGAGGCACUCACAGCCGAAUGCGCCCAAAACCAUGACCACCUUGGACUCAACAGGCACUGGCAUGUUUAUUGUUGGUCUUUUGGCAGAAACCUAUGCAGAUUUGCAAAAGUUUUCAUUUCGACAGGAUCCCUCAAAUCAAGGAAAAUUUUGCAAUGAUGGUCUUUGGAGAGUAUCACGCCACCCAAACUACUUCGGAGAGGUUGUUAUAUGGUGGGGUAUUUUCGCCAUAUCACUUAACGUAAUAUCUGGUCAUGAAUGGGUAGCCAUUGCUUCACCAAUAUUCACCACAUUCAUCAUACUAUUUCUGUCCGGUAUACCAUUGCGUGAGCGUUCCGCAGAUGAGAAAUAUAAGGAUCAAUUGGAAUAUCGUAAGUAUAAAGCUUCAACGUCACCACUGAUACCAGUACCACCUGCCGUUUAUGUUGAAGUACCAAGCGCUCUAAAGUUUAUACUCUGUUGCGAAUUUCCCAUCUACGAUACAAUGCACAUUCAAAAGGACAUUAGCCCUUAUUCGCUUUCUAUAGCGCGUUCACAGUCGCACAUAUAGCAAUCAGUUGCCCACUCCGGUAGUGGGCAGCACGGCACUGUUGGUCAUUCGAUACAGAAAUCUGCUGAUAGUGGUUCUACCCAUCGUAGUCAAACAGUCUACGUUAAAUCAAAUCCAUAUCAAAGUGAGUUUGGCUAUGGUGGUUAUACUUAUAACUCAAAACAUGUUUCUCCGCACGCAUUGCCUGCUGACGAGGAUAUUGAUACUGAUGAUGGUAUCAUUUAUAUGCCAGGGCCAUCAUCAUCAAAGAAAAAACCACAUUAUUUUCACGCACCCACAUGCAGUCCAGAAGCAGACCUAAAUAAACGUGUGUAUCCAGAGCUUGAAGAACAAAUCGAACAAGAGCAUGAGGAGGAUUAUGAUGAAGACAUACCGCCCAUUGAUCUCAGUAGAACAGCGAGUGUGGAAAGUUUUACAACUAAAGUACAUUCCGAACAGGGUGUUAAUACUGAGGGGGUGCCUCCAAGUGUCUCUAAAAUUCUGUGAUUCAACAAAGAAACUUAUAUUUAAAACACUAAAAUGCCUUCGCGGGUGUGUGGCUAGUUUGCUGAUGGCAUUGAGUUAAAUUUGCUAAUUUGUAUAUACAUUUCAACAGAAAUUGACAUGAGUAAUAGAAAAGGAUCUACAAUAUACAUUGUAUUGCAGGCUUAUUGUUUAGAUGCUAUAAUGGAUUUAUGAACACAAAAUUUUAAGGAUAUGUAUAUAAGUGCAGCCAGAGAUUCAUCAUAUAAAACGUAUAUAUUCAAGGCUUAUUUCAAUUUCAUUGAAAUAGAUAUGUACUAGAACCACACAAAUUUGUUCAGUCUCAUCUAUACAACGUAACAUAUUUCAACUUCUUUCAUUACAUGUUUUUAAAAAAAUUUGAU